GCGUAACAGUUGUGUUGUAUAAUUAUUCCUUGUUUUGCACUAUUAGCCAGUGAAUACCCGAGUUGCUUGAAAAUUGGGGUAAAUAACAGAAUCUGUUUUUGGAACGAGCUCAUUGCUAGAGUAGGAAUUAAAGACGGGGGACGAAGAGAAGCUGAAAAUUGUAAUUUUGAAGCUCACCUGUUUAACAGGACUGUCCUGUCCUACAAAUCUUUUGACUAAAAUGUUGCAGUAGUGCCUUAUUGGUCUUGUUAUUCUAUACAUGUAAAAAAUAUGAAUAUUAUGACGCAAAGGAAGCUAGAAAAAUUAGACGUAAGUACAGAGAGCAGGUAAUACCAGAAACACUCUCGCCACCAAAUCCAUUGAAACAGGCAAUGGUUGCACAUGUUUGAGAACAAGUUCGAAGCCAAAAGAGGGUAAAAGACAGCAAGUUGACAAGGUCGUAACUGUUCAUAUUAGGUGCGUUGGAGAAAGAGUGGUUGGGCUGGAUUCAUCGUAUAAAUAACAGAGAUUUGUAAUUUGAGUAUAGUAUAGCAUCAAUGGCUCUAUCAAAAAUUACUUUCUGUUUAUUUAUAAUUACAGUUCUGUCAUCAUCGGCUACAAUAUCUGUAGCUCACCCAGGUAUUGGCUGGGGUGGCAAUGGUGCUUUUGGUUUAUUUCCUGCAUUUUAUGAAUUUUCAUGUCCUCAAGCCAAUGACAUAGUCAUGUCUGUUCUGCAAGAGGCUAUUUCCAGAGAACCCAGGAUGGCUGCUUCUUUGCUUAGGCUCCAUUUCCAUGAUUGCUUUGUCCAGGGCUGUGAUGCAUCAGUAUUGCUGGAUGACAGUGCAACAGUAGUGAGUGAAAAGAAUUCUGGACCAAACAAAAACUCCCUCAGAGGAUUCGAUGUGAUUGAUGAGAUGAAGAACAAGUUAGAAGAAGUUUGCCCUCAGACUGUCUCUUGUGCUGAUAUUCUUGCCUUGGCGGCGCGUGGAUCAACUCUACUCAGCGGCGGACCCAAUUGGGAACUGCCACUUGGAAGGAGGGACUCGAAGACUGCAAGUCUGAGCGGCUCAAACAAACUUAUUCCACCGCCCAACUCCACCAUCGGAAACCUCAUAGCCUUUUUCAAGCGUCAAGGCCUUAACGUGGUUGAUCUUGUUGCUCUCUCAGGAGCGCACACAAUUGGAGUAGCAAGGUGCGUGACAUUCAAGCAAAGACUAUACAACCAAAACGGAAACAAUGAGCCAGACGAGACACUAGAGAAAACAUACUACAGAGGACUAAAAUCAGCGUGUCCAAAAUCCGGCGGCGACAAUAACAUCUCACCAUUAGAUUUUGGGUCACCGGUGAGAUUUGACAACACCUACUUCAAGCUCAUUUUGUGGGGAAAAGGGCUGCUUACAUCAGAUGAAGUUCUUUAUACGGGAAACGCCGACAAGACUAUGAAUCUGGUUAAGACUUACGCUGAGGACGAACAGCUUUUCUUUGACCAAUUUGCUAAGUCCAUGAUUAAGAUGAGCAACAUUCGUCCUCUUACUGGUUAUAGUGGUGAAGUUAGAAAGAACUGUCGCUCUGUUAACUGAAGUCAUUACGUGUAAAACCGGGUUAAUGUGCUUAAUUAUUAUGUAAUGCCACUUCUAAUUAUGGCGAAUCCUGUAGAAGUUUGUUUA